AUGAGGACUCCCAGCGAGGCCCGCACAACCUCUGUGAGGACUCUCCGGCGGCGUGCACAGCCGAGGCAGAGGGACGAGGAGAGCCAUUUCCAGUCCCUGAACCCUGUCCCCCGCGCGGCACAGGCUGCAGACAAGGCGGAGAGGUCAGUCCCCAGGAGCCAGAUUCUCCCCCGGGCCUUCCCCGGCCUCUACCCAGCCCGUAGCCGCUCCACGCGCCUCGGAAGAGGCUCGCGCCGUCUGCCUCCGGGAAGAGGGGGGCCGGCGCUCCUUCCCCGGGACAUCCGGCCCGACCGCAGGAAGCGGGCGGACGCGUGCUGCGGCCCGCACCACUUCGGCGGGCCCAGUCCUGGGAGCAGUGUGACUUUCGCUCGCUUUGAGCAAGCUGUUCCAGAUGAGAGGGGCCCCAUCAAGCUCCUUCCCUGCGAACUACGCUCAGCACCUCAGCAUCAAGCCACUGUAGCUUUGGACUGUGUCUGUGAGCAUCUGUGCUUGUAUCUGGAUUUAUUUGGUGCAUCUAUUAGUAAGAUGUGUCCUAGGGUAUUGGAAAAGCCUAAGAGAAGCUGUAUUUUGGGUCUGGGAACGCUGAAAAACUUUUCCACAGAAAAUAAUGACUCCCUGUCACCUGUAGCUGAAGCCUGUUCUUAACUCUCUUCAGGUCUCCACAUGUUUUAUUUCCAGCCACUUGUGGAGUCUCACCACCUGGAUAUUCCAAAGACACCUGCCAUUCUUCACAUCUAAAAUGAGAAUUCGUCAUCUUUUCUAACCAUCAGUCUAUCCCCUCCUUCCCAUCCAGUUUCUCCCUCACUCUGAAUCUCACAUCUUGAAUUUGGGUCUUAUGGUGUAUUGCAAAAGCUAAACAUUUAAGGGCUUUAGAACCAUAUUACUAUGCUUAUACAGGGCCCACCUGAUAAACAUUUCUGCCAUGGUACAAAAGACUCUGCGAGAGGUCUAGAGGAAUGUAUAAACCUUAUGGACCUUGUGAGAGGAAGCCAUCCAGCCAGCUGUGGAGCUGCUCAGGCACCGCAGAUCACUCCAGGGGCCAGUGGCAGAAGGACCUUCAGUUGAGGUGACUGCACUAUUCUAGUAGCCUCACUGCCAGAAGUUUCUGCUACUAUAAGGAGAACCAUGAAGAUGUGGUCAGAGACCUGUUAUGCUCUGAGGAAUGCCUUAUUGUAGUUCACACUGACUUCAGUUACUUGUAUAAACUGGACUUCCUUGGUAUAGAAAGGUCCUAAAAACUGUACCUAAUUAACUUUGUAUCACACUUUCCAAUUUAUAAUGCACUCACACACAUAUUAUUUAAAAAAUUUUUUUUAACGUUUAUUCAUUUUUUGAGAGACAGACAGCAUGAGCAUGGAAGGGGCA